AAGCAUUCUCAUAUUCCUAUAUUCUCUUCUUCUUCGCUUUUCAUCUGCAUAACUCAGCCAUGGCUUCUUCUGCUUGGAAAUCCAUCAUCACUGUCCUAUUCCUUGUGUCUCUGACAAGCAUGGUGAUGAGUUCCAGUACUGUAGCAGCUCGUCAUCUUCUGCAAACAACACAGCCUUCGAUACCAAACAUGCCUGGAAUUCCAAGUAACUUGCCUAAGCCUACAGGAUUGCCACCUUUGCCUUCAAUCCCAACAAAUAACAUUCCUCCUUUGCCAACAAAUAUCCCAAAUCUGCCAAAACCCAAUUCUCUUCCUCCUCUUCCUUCUAUGCCCACCAUUCCUAAAGUGCCACAAGCCACACUUCCUCCAUUGCCUAACAUUCCUUCUGUUCCCACUAUCCCUACUACUAUGCCCUCCAUUCCAUUCUUCUCUCCUCCUCCUUCUAAUUAAAACCACAAAGAUGAUCGUUCACUUAUUACUGUUCAUCCCAGUGUUAUUAGUUGUUUCAUCUGUUAUGGCAGAUAGUAGUCAGCACAGCAUAUAUACGCAUAAUUUCGCUUGUAUUGGUUUACAUUCUCGUAUGUCUGUAUGUUAGGAAGAUAUGUACGAGGCUACAUGUCUUUUUUCCCUUCUCUUUUCAUUUGGUGUGAGGUUUGGAACAGUGUAUUUUUCUGUAUUCCUUAGAGGGAUUGUAAUCUUUUUCACACUUGCUAUACAAUAAUGUACUUUAAUUUGCGAUGUUCA